AUGUUUAAUAGACACUGGGUGUGGGAAGAAAGUCACUGGCCUCUUGUCGGAACAAAACUGUGGACAAAUGUGAAGGUGGAGAUCCAUCCGAUGAAGACAGACGCUGGUCAGAUGGAGCAAAGCAAGGUGGCAUUGUCCCCUUCACCCACCGAGUCUGAGGGAGUAUCAAGCAAAAAGGCUCGUCAGUCCCAUGGCCUGGAUGUGGAGACCAUGAAAGCAGAAAUAGCUCAGUGGCUUACUGGCCUGACCUCUACCAUGGUUGAGGAGCUGAGCACUGUGAAGAACACUCUGAAGACACAAUCCGACAGGCUUGAGGGCCUUACUGCGAAGAUGGGACAUCUUGAAAAGAUUGUGCAAGAAGGUUGGAAGGAAGACCACAGAAAGGAUGGUUCAUCUGCUGAUGUAUCUGAUGGAGACAAAGAUAAGGAGGACAUCGGUGAAGAAAGCAGAGCUGAGGCAGCACCUCCUAAACCCGCCAGAAUGACAACAAGAGCCAAAGCCAAAGACACUGUGAGUGAGAAUGGGAAUGGAGACAUAAGUGUUGUUGUAGUAGACAAAGAUCAAACAGGCAUUGAUUUUGGUUCUGUGAAAAAACUGAAACAAGUUAAAAAAGUGAGAGCUGCUUGCAUUGUGGCCCGUGCUAGGAGUGAUAGGCAACGUAGACUUGCUGCAACUCAUCAAUCUCCUUUUGCUGGAAACAGCACGGCAAAGGUUAUCAUACCUAACCAGCCGUACCGAGGCCUGGGAUAUAACCCAUUUGCUGGUGUUGAUAAACCAAAGCUCUCUGUUCUUAUCGAUUGGCUGCAACUUGACCCCAAAUGGCGACAGAGGGUGAAAGGUUCUUCAAGUUUUUGGUUCUACACACUAUUAACUCCUAAAAAAUGGUUGAAUGACACGCACAUGGAUGCUGGAAUUAAUCUCUUAAGACUUCGAUACACAAAGCACCCAGAAUGGUUUAGGUCAGACAGAGUUUGCUUCCUGGAUGCUACGUUUUCUCAAAUUUGGACAUCAGGUUACUCAGAGUUUCUUGCCAGUCCUGACGAGUCCGGUAGACUACUCCCUUCUGGGGCCUUAAACUACUACACUGGCGAGGAACCAGCAUAUUGCAGAUCAGAUAAGACAUGGGCGCAGGAGAUUGAUGAUAUAUAUACUCCAUUAUUUGUCAAGGGUAAUCAUUGGGUAGCUUGCUGGAUAUCAAUUCCGAGGAGACACAUAGUGAUUUGGGAUAGUGAUGUUUCUUACGCUAAGGAUGAAGAGAUUGCCGAUCAUGUUAAGCCUUUUGCACAUAUGGUGCCGUACAUGCUGCAUAUGAUGUCUUGCGGUGAAGAGAGGGAGUUGUACACAGGUUAUUUCACACAUGAGCGGGUCUCAGCAUCUGAGGCACCACAAAACUACCAGAGCGGGGACUGUGGAGUGUAUUGCUUGAAGUAUAUAGAAUGUCAUGCACUUGGCGUGGCAUUCUCACCUCAUGACCUGUGUGAUAAGAAAAUCAAGGCAAUCAGGAGUCAGUUGGCGAGUGAGAUAUUUGAUGAGACCAGCAUCAAUGGCACAGAGAAACGUGUUUUCAAUCAUCUCGGUGUCUAUGACUAA